GCAUCACCAAAGUCGUCAAAUCGUCGUUUCCUCAGGCAGUUGCAGCUGUUGUACAACAUUACCAUCACCAUCGCCACCGCCACCACUACGCGCUACCGACUCAUCCGUCAAGUACAAGGAGGAAAAAUGCGGAUUCCGCGGCGAAACGGCCGGAUCGGUUGUGAUAGAGUGGUGGCGCCGGUUCCGGCGGUACAAUGCGCGCUGCCAGCACCGGCGGCGGUCUCAUCCGUCUCGUCGUCAUUUGGCCGAUGGUGCUCGCAGCGCUGGUCAUGACCGCAACCGGCGCCUCGCCAACGUCCGCCGCGGCGUACGCCGCUACGGCCACCGUCACGGCCGCCACGGCCACGGUCUCCGUGGUCGCCGCGAUGCACCGGACAGGGCCGCAGCCCUCGUCCCCGUCCCCGUCGUCGUCAAAGCCACCACCGUCGCCGCCGCCGCCGGUCGCGGACAACGCGACGGCCGGAACCGCAGCCUGCGAAUUGGUGCGCGUGUCGCUCCGGGAGCCGGCGUGCACCGGACAGAUAAGCGAGGGCCCGGGCCCGCCGCGGUGUCCAGCGGCCAUCCCGUGCGCCCGACGUGCCGAUAACGAUAACGAUAAUAAUAAUAAUUAUAAUAAUAAUGAUAAAAAAUAUAAUAAUGUUAAUUACGAUUACAAUAAUAAUAACGAUAACGAUAGUAAUAAUAUUAAUAAUUAUAAUAACGAUAACGAUAAUGAUAAUAAUAUUAAUAAUAAUAAUAAUACAAAUAGUAGUAAUCAUCAGUGCCUUGAAUACGCCCGUCGGCAGCUCAUACCGGCCAUGUGCCCGGACGACCCGGGCGCGUACGGCCGGCCCGGCCGGCUGUCCCGGUACCGGCUCCGGCACUGCUGCCACCACACCGUCGAGUCGGUCGUACAGCAGCCGUACGCGGACAAGGAGUCGUGCGUCGACCAGGUGAACAAGGCGCUUGACAUGGACGAUAUCGCGGCCGCCAUGUCAUGUCAGUUCAACGAGGUGUUGGUCAGGUACGACUGCAACCAAAAGUACUCCGCCAAGUCGUGCGAUUCGUGCAAGGACGCUUACGCUCUGUGGGCGUGCGCCGCGGUCCUGCCCCACUGGACCAGGACGACGGUGAAACAGGGACGCCGCGGCCGUUACAGGGUGAACGCUUGCAGGUCCGUGUGUCUGGAGGCCGAACAAAAGUGUCCGUGGCUGCUUCCGGUGGCCGACGACGCCAACCCGUACGCCGGCGAGGCAUCGUUCACUUGCAUAGAUCCGGACAUAUGGUUCCAGACGUCGGCGACGGACGUGACCGAACAAUGCUGCUACGAACACUGUGCGGACGGCCUGUGCGUGCGAAACGCAUCGCUGUGCAACGGUGACAGUGGCGACGCCGUUGUGCCUCAGAGACCGGUGUGCGUGGAAAACGUUCCGCUGGCGAUCGAGGAGUCUCUGUGCACCGAUUACAGUCUGACCGACACGUCGUCGGGCCACCGUCGGACGGACCUUCCACUUCAGCUGCUGUUGUGGGCGGCAUCGGCGCUGGCGCUGGCAGCGGCGGCGGCCGUCACGUAGUUGUAGCUGACGAGGCGACGACUUCGACGACGAUGACGACGACGAUGACGAAGACGAAGAAGGCCGACGGCGGGGAAACGGAGAUACGAAAACGAAAAAACCGCGAUAUCCGAAAAAUUAUAAAUCUAUUAUUAUUAUUAUUAUUAUUAUUAUUAUUAUAAAUUAUUGUUGUUAUUAUUGUUAUGUCACUUAUUGUGAACGGACGAGGUUUUCAUCUCAAAAAAAAAAAAAACGAAACCGAAAAAUAAUAAUAAUAAUAUUAUUAUAGUAUAUAUAAAAAAAAAUAAUAACGAAAAUAACGACGGACCGCCCGUCCGAUGAACGCGGACGCAACGGGCACGAGCAGUACCUAUAAAGGCUCGUCAUCGUUGCUUGUGGGCGGCCGGUGAACCGGAGGGAGCUUGACACCUCUCUGACAGGGUCCUCGUUCCUGAUAAGACUAUUAUUAAAAUACAUAUACAAUACAUUAUAUUGUUAUAAAAAUGCACACACACACUCACACACACACACACACACACACACACACACACACGAGGGGCGUAACUAGGAGACGUUGCACGGGAGUGGAUUUUUCACCUAUUCAACAAAAUGUGAUUCAAAGCUCAGCCCCCAUCGAAAUCAUUGAAAAAUAUUACACAGGAAUAUACGAUAUCGAAAAUUUUUAAAAUAUAUUACGAUAGCUUCAUUUAACCCCAUCUUUGCGAGGACGGUUGUUUAGUUACGGCAGUGUCAUACACUCACACACGCACACACAUCAGCGAGGCCCACUAGGCGGGUUGAGUGGUAGGUACGUAUUUCAAUAUUUGUCACCCCCUCAAAAAAAAUUCAAACCUCAGCAUGCAUUAAAAUAUUAACGGAAAAAAUAAUUAUGAAGACUAUCGAAAGUAGUAAAAUAUAAUAUUUUAUGUACCUACGCUUUGGCCUAGUUUGAUCGUCUGGUUACGCCCAUUUCUACACACACACACACACACACACACACACACACCCCACGAUCGUUGGCGCCGCAGGUUUUUUCAGACCGGGACCAAUAUAAUAUUAUUAUAAUAAAUAAACGAACGACGAACGCGCGCAAUGAUUAUUAAUUAACUGACGUUUAUAUUAUUAUAAUAAUUUUUAAAACACCGCCUAUGGCGUAACGUAUUAGUAUAUUGUUAUUAUAACACUUUCGACGCGGACAUUAUUUAACUAAAUAUUCUUUUGUUGUUGUAGUGCUAAGAACACUACAGUUACCGCUAUUAUUACUAUAUUAGAUCGUAGUGAGUUAUGUGACUCAAUGUCCGAAGGUUGUAUAGAGUGAGAAACGGAUUCAAGCAUUUGUUUUUCUUUUAUUCGUUCUGUUUUCCUCGUUUUAGUUGGUUUUUCGUUUUUAAAAAUUUAAUUUCACUAUCUUGUACGGAAACAUAAAAAUAGUGGAUAAGGAAAUAAAUCUGAAACGUCACGUGCACGACGAUCGAUUAUCUACAAUAAUUAUUGUAAUUAUUGAGUUGAUUCACUUAUAUCGCCGGAACCACGGAUCGUUUUCAUGUCCUUAUGAAAGGUUUACCAUUACCGACGUGGUUUUCAUCUUUUCAUUUUUAGUGCACGCCACCUGUCAAAUGUGCUGUUUUAAGGCAAUCGCACGACACGAUUAAUUGCGCUUGAAUUACUCAAACGAUUUCACACGACGAUCUAAUUAUACUAUACCAGAAAUAAUUAAUGAUUAUUUGGGGGUUUUUUUUUGUACCCACCAUAUUAAACUUUAAAAAUCUUACAAAAUAAACUUAAUUAUUUAUAUUAAGUAACAUUUUUCUUGUGUUCAAUUCCAAAAUUUUGCAAAGACGUAUGUAUUCAUCUUCUACAAGUUAUAAAAACGAAUUAAAUCUCCUCAGAGCGAUAGACGCCUGUCACAAAGUUUUUUUAAAUUAUGUUAGUAAGCGAUGUAGGUUGUAUUGUUUACUUUUUAAAUUACAUAAUAAUUGAACGUAUGUAUAAAAGUAAAUGUCAUU